AUGCCGAUAGAUCCGAACGAUGGGGCGCCUACGGCUGGUAUCUUGGUUCGAUAUUUGGUUUCUUGUGCCGUCUGCAGUGCUCCUCGAACUGCAUCGGGCUUUUAUAAAACCCCCAACACUUCAACAGCUGUACUAUUGACUUGGAUUUUGUGGAUCGACUGGGCAGUGGAUUGUAAGAGCCGCGUCAGCCACGAGUACAGUUCAACAUGUACUCACCUCGCAAGGAACGUCUCCUUUUGGCCCUUGGCUUGGUCUGUCUACCGGCUGUGUGAGAGGCUGGGCAAGCAUAUAUCGCGUGGAAGGGCCAAUCUAUCGGGACGAGCGUUCAACAAGGCGAUGGUGUAA